AAUUCUCUGUUUUUCCCCCUCUCUCCGCAUCUCCAAAUCUCCAUUUUUCUUUCCAUUGCGACGUCUUCCAGUCAUGGCGCAGCAAAGGGGGAAACCAUUGCCUAAAUUUGGAGAGUGGGAUGUAAACAAUCCAGCCACAGCUGAAGGAUUCACAGUAAUAUUCAACAACGCCAGAGAUGAGAAGAAAACCAGAGGCAAAGGUGUUAAUGCUAUGUCUACUGCUUCCUCUAAAAAGACUGACCUUCCCCCAUCUCCUCCUACUCCAAAGAGUAAAUGGUUUUGCUGUGUUGGAGUUUAAGGCUAUACCGUGAUGAUGACAAUUUGGCUAUU